AUGCAAUCCUUUCUCCAACAUCGGCGGGCAGGCGUUGAGGCCCAGGCGCAAAUCGACCGGGACAUCGGGAAGACACAGUCUUUCAAUGCGCCGAGCCGAACGCACAAUGAGGUGCAAGAACAACCUUUGGCAGAGAAGAAACAGAAAAGCCCGUCGUCUUCCGAGUCGCCGGACACGAUCGAUACGGAAGCGCCCGGACAACGACCCGACAGAGCGCCGGGGCUUCUUGAGCGAAGCCAGACGGCGCGGACCGAGUGCUCUGAAGGCACGGCGCUCGGCCGGGUCUUGACCGGCAUCCACGUCCGGGACCGCACGGGCGAUGAGGGGCACGGGGGCCGCGUCUUCGUCGUCGGCUGGGCGGGGCCGGACGACCCCCUAGACCCGCACAACUGGCCGACGGCCAAGCGCAUCGGCGUGACGCUGCAGAUCUCCGUCAUCGCCCUCUUCGUCGGCGCCGCGUCGGGCAUCGACGCGACUGUGCUUCCGCAAGCCGCGAGGGCGUUUGGCGUCAGCGAGGUGGCCGAGUCUUUGGCCACAGGCACGUCCCUCCCCCCCCUUCACGUCAUCCGCCGCUCUACCCAAGUUCACAAACACUAA